CCUCACCACCCUCACACCUCUUACCGCCACUGCCUUUCCUGAGUCUCUUCUCUGACGAUUCUACAGUCCGCCAUUUCCCUUAGACGCUGGGGCCAUGGCGACCGCGUCUCUCUCUGCGCAGGGCGCCUCGAGGUUGUCGUUUUCCAGCAGCGCGUUGACCGGCUGCUGCUCACAGCUCAAGGCGGUCAGCCUCGCCGCUGCCAAGCCGCACUCUAGCGAGAAUGGCGCCGGCCGGCUCGCCGUGAGAUGCGCCGGGAAAGGGGGGUUCAUUCCCGCGGAGCACCGGUGGAUGUACGAGGGCAUCGAGAACAAGGGACCGGACGAGUGGAACCGCACGUACUACCCCAAGGAGGCGGAGCACCUGAACGUGGAGAAGCCGUGGUUCAUCGUGGAUGCGGCGGACAAGCGCCUGGGCCGCCUGGCGUCCACCAUCGCCAACCACAUCCGCGGCAAGGACCAGCCCACGUACACGCCGUCGGUUGACAUGGGCGCGUACGUCAUCGUGGUGAACGCGGAGAAGGUGGCGGUGACGGGUAAGAAGCGGUCGCAGAAGAUCUACCGGCGGCACUCGGGGCGGCCGGGCGGCAUGACGGAGGAGACGUUCGACCAGCUGCAGGCGCGCAUCCCGGAGCGCAUCGUCGAGCACGCCGUGCGGGGCAUGCUGCCUAAGGGCCGGUUGGGCCGCCGUCUAUUCACCCACCUGAAGGUGUACAAGGGAGAGUCGCACCCUCACGAGGCCCAGCAGCCGCAGCCCCUGCCCAUUCAUGACAAGCGCAUCUCACUUGCUUGAGGAACACUUUUAGAAAAACAUGUCAUAUGCCAUGGGCCCUCCAUGUUCUCUUGUUUCCCUUGUUCUGGUUAUGUAAAGCACAUCCUCGAAAAUAUCGAACUCGAAUAUGUCGCUGUACAAGUAUCACGCUGGUACAGCGUUUCGUGUUUCGGGCGUUGCUUUCUAUCGAAGCA